AUGUUCAAGCGACUAUUCGGAGAGCACGGCGCAAAAAACGUUGUCACCCUCUUCCACAAGCCCUCCAGCCAGGCAUCCACCCGCGUCCUCACUCUUCUCAAGCAAACUCAUGCGCAGUCCGCUGCCACCGCCACUGGCGACCAGGCCUCCUCUCAUGAUGCACAAAGCAAAGCAGAGCGCGCCGACUUCGAGCUUGAUGUCACAGAAGCCCCGCCCACGAGCGACCAGCUCAAGAACAUCAUGGAGUAUUUAGGCGGAGCUAGCGCAGCGAGCAAAGUCGUUACAGGAGCAUCAAGUGAGAUAGAUGCACUGAGGAGACUACAGGCAGAUGGAAACACGUUUCAGAGACCGCUCGUCGUGAAUUGGAAUUCGGGCAGAGCUGUCGUUGGAGAGAAUGAGUCUGAGAUCUUGAGUCUACUGAAGAAGUCGGCAGAGAGUUCCUAG